GUCCUGAUAUUUCUCACCUUAUUUCUCCGAGGAGCUGUAGUCCAUUCUUUACCCUUUAUAAUGGUAAAACAUCUUGUCCAAGAAUUCAAUAUAACUUCCUUUCUGGCCGCGUCGACGGUGACCUUCUUUAAUGUGUCAGAUCUGUGUGGACGGUUGACCGUGGCGUUCAUUGGGGACCGCCUGUUUAAGGGACAUUUGGUUGAAAUGUGUGUGGUGUGCGCUCUCUUGCUGGGAGCUGGCUGCCUCGCUGCAAGGUUUGCUGUGCAGUUUUAUCAGAUGUUGAUUUUCAAUAUCGGGGCCGGAUACACCAUGGGUUUUAUCUCAGGUACCCGUUAUUCCACUGUUGGGGAAGCAUUGGAUCACUGGUACGCCGACGACUUGUACUCUGUCAGUAGAGUCGGGGCGGGUCUGGGGGCCAUCGUGGGAAACCUCGUGGCAGGUGCGCUGUAUGACGUCACUGGUUCUUACAGAAUAUGUUUUGUCGUUAAUCUUGGAUUCUGCUUACUGGUCGCCAUGGGGUUUGGAACGUUGAUGCUCCUAAGAAAUCGUUUCCUAAGAACGUCUCACUUAUUACAUUCAGAAGGCACAGUGGAAAGUUCGUUGCAAAAAAGAAAUAAUGAAAAUGUGACAUGGACGAAAAAACUGCAUUUUGAAUUACUAUCACAGUUUGCUCAAAUACGACGAAAAUGUCGAGAAAAAUCAGACGAAAAAAUACCUCUGAAUGAUAUGGACUCAAAAGUAAAGUAUCACACGGAUAAAAACUCUUCGUUGGAGUAAAUGUACCUUCUUUUUUAAAAAACUUAUCUUUGAAAAGAUCAACGCAGUAUUGAAGUAUAUUGCAGAUCGGGUCUUUACAUAACGAAACAUAGAGGCAGCUUUGCCGCCAGUAGAUGUCACAAUGAGAGUAAAGUUGUUAAGGCAAACAAAAGUCCCAACAAUGUCUCCAUAAAAAGUCCUGUGAAUAAGAUGCCAUUCAGAACAAGAUGAUCUGCGGACUAAGAGCUCCACAGACAAAAUAUGGCCGACUAGUUUAAAAGAAGCACCGACUAAUUCCAUGAUGGCCUCCCCGCCUCCACCGCGGCGUCGUUGUAGGGGCCUUGGAAUUACUCAGAGCUGAGAUUUAAUCAGAUUAAUUGCGCGUGUGGAGGCAGGGAGCCCAUCAGAGGACCAAGCGGCGCUGCUCUAAAUUCUGUCGGCCAUAUUUAGUCGGUGGAUCAGAUAGUUCUCUGUUAAUCUGUUCUGAAUCGCCUCUAAGGCCCCAUUCAGAAUAGGGGAC